AUGAAUAUGAAUCAUGUCGAUGUGGAACCUCACCAUGGAUAUGCUUAUGACCAAGGGGCCUGGUCUCCCCUCAAGACACAGUCAGAGAUCAGAGGCCACACCAUCAUAGCAGUGGAGCAGCACCAGCUGGGACAGGGUCCUUCUGUGACACCUGCUAUAUCACAAGGCUGUGUGAAUGAACUCAGCUGCCAGAACUCACAGAAUAUCAGUAUCAGCACCGAAACAUCACAGGAAAAAUGUGGUUCACAGAGCCGUGCGACCAUCACCACAAUCAAAAGGAAACCCCACGCCCUUGAGUUAUCACCGCCAAAUUCUCCCGAGUCCUCAGCAGCCCGUCAUCUACUCUCCAUCUCCAGAAUUUGCUUAUUCUGGACAUCGAUAAAAAUGAAAUCGAUAUGUGGCCUUUCCUGGUGGCUUCCUGCCCGGAGCGUGAGGUUCCGAGGUUUAUCGUGUGGCCGUGGCCACGUCUCCUUCCUUCCUGUGGCCAAGCAACUUCCUAUAGUGCGAGAUUGUUGCCACUCAGCACUAAAGAGGCAAAUAAACGAAUGCAGCAGCUCCUCACCCUGUGGAACCAAGCGGCUCAGUGUCCUGAUUCCUCACUCCAAGGCCCCUUCACAAGCCACCUACACUGCACCUGGUUUUCUCCUUUAUUCUAAUUCAUUUGUAAGAAAUCUUUAA